AUGUCGAAGCUUGCAGGGCUGAGGGACAGCUCGAAUCUCUUGGGCCAGAAAAACAAGCUUCUGGUGGCCAACAGAGGUGAAAUCCCUAUUCGUAUCUUCCGUUCGGCGCAUGAGCUGUCGAUGAAAACCGUGGCGAUCUACUCGCACGAAGACAGACUCUCCAUGCACCGUUUGAAGGCCGACGAGGCUUACAUGUUGGGCCCAGAGGGCAAAUACACACCAGUCGGAGCGUAUCUGGCCAUCGACGAAAUCAUCCAGAUCGCCAAGGACCACGAAGUGGACUUCAUCCAUCCAGGCUACGGGUUUUUGUCUGAAAACUCCGAAUUUGCUCGGAAAGUGACAGACGCUGGAAUCACCUGGAUCGGGCCUUCCGCCGAUAUCAUCGACUCUGUCGGUGACAAAGUCUCAGCCAGAAACCUGGCUGCACGCGCUAAUGUGCCCACAGUUCCAGGUACUCCUGGCCCAAUUGAUACCGUCGAAGAAGCUCAGAACUUUGUCGCCGAGUACGGCUACCCAGUCAUCAUCAAAGCUGCCUUUGGUGGUGGUGGUAGAGGUAUGAGAGUCGUUCGUGAAGGUGAUGAUAUCUCAGACGCUUUCCAGCGUGCCACUUCAGAAGCCAAGACAUCUUUUGGUAACGGUACUUGUUUCAUCGAAAGAUUUUUGGACAGGCCAAAGCACAUCGAAGUUCAGCUUCUGGCUGACGGCUACGGUAACGUCGUUCAUUUGUUCGAGCGUGACUGUUCGGUACAGAGAAGACAUCAAAAAGUUGUCGAAGUUGCUCCCGCCAAGACUUUGUCAAAGGAAUUGCGUGAUGCUAUUUUGACUGAUGCCGUAAAAUUGGCCAAGGAAGCUAAUUAUAAGAACGCCGGUACCGCUGAAUUCUUGGUCGACAACCAAAACAGACAUUAUUUCAUCGAAAUCAACCCAAGAAUUCAAGUCGAACACACAAUCACCGAAGAGAUCACCGGUAUUGAUAUUGUGGCUGCUCAGAUUCAAAUCGCUGCUGGUGCCUCUCUACAACAACUAGGCCUGUUGCAAGACAGAAUCACAACAAGAGGGUUUGCCAUUCAGUGCCGUAUUACAACUGAAGAUCCUUCCAAGAACUUUCAGCCCGACACCGGUCGUAUCGAGGUCUACCGUUCUGCGGGUGGUAACGGUGUGAGAUUGGACGGUGGUAACGCCUAUGCCGGUUCCAUCAUUUCUCCUCACUACGACUCAAUGUUGGUGAAGUGUUCCUGCUCGGGUUCUACCUACGAGAUUGUUCGUCGUAAAAUGCUGCGUGCUUUGAUUGAGUUUAGAAUCAGAGGUGUCAAGACAAACAUCCCUUUCUUGCUAACGUUGCUAACAAACCCUGUUUUCAUCGAUGGUACAUACUGGACCACUUUCAUCGACGACACUCCUGAACUCUUUAAAAUGGUUUCUUCUCAAAACCGUGCUCAGAAGCUGCUGCAUUACCUCGCCGAUUUAGUCGUCAACGGAUCUUCUAUCAAGGGCCAAGUUGGUCUGCCAAAACUGCACACUCAGCCAACUGUUCCUGUUCUAAGCGACUCCCGUGGCAAUAUAAUCGAUGUUUCAACGCCACCUCCCGCUGGCUGGAGACAGGUUCUUCUAGAUCAAGGCCCAGUCGGCUUUGCUAAGAAGGUCCGCGAGUUCAACGGAACCUUGUUGAUGGACACCACAUGGAGAGAUGCUCACCAAUCGUUAUUGGCUACCAGAGUGCGUACCUACGAUUUGGCCGCAAUUGCCCCAACUACCGCGCAUGCGUUGUCCGGUGCUUUUGCUUUGGAAUGUUGGGGUGGUGCCACCUUUGACGUGGCGAUGAGAUUCUUGCACGAGGACCCAUGGGAGCGUUUGAGACUUUUGAGAAAACUUGUUCCUAACAUUCCUUUCCAAAUGUUGUUACGUGGCGCCAACGGUGUGGCUUACUCUUCUUUGCCUGACAAUGCCAUAGACCACUUUGUUGAACAGGCCAAGAAGAACGGUGUUGACAUUUUCAGAGUUUUCGAUGCUCUAAAUGACCUAGAACAAUUGAAGGUUGGUAUCGAUGCUGUCAAGAAAGCUGGCGGUGUCGUCGAGUCUACAAUCUGCUACUCAGGCGAUAUGCUGCAACCAGGAAAGAAGUACAACUUGGACUACUACCUCGAAAUCACGGACAAAAUUGUUGCCAUGGGAACCCAUAUUCUGGGCAUCAAAGAUAUGGCCGGUACUUUGAAACCAUCUGCUGCGAAAUUGUUGAUCGGCUCCAUUAGAGCUAAGUACCCUGAAUUGCCUAUUCACGUGCACACCCACGAUUCCGCUGGUACCGCGGUUGCUUCGAUGGCAGCAGCAUCUUUCGCUGGUGCUGACGUUGUUGACGUUGCUACCAACUCUAUGUCUGGUUUGACCUCCCAACCAUCGAUCAAUGCUUUGCUUGCUUCCUUGGAUGGCGAGAUCGAAACCAAUGUGGACGCUAAUCUUGUUCGUGAGCUUGACGCUUACUGGGCUCAAAUGAGAUUGCUCUACUCUUGUUUUGAGGCCGACCUAAAGGGCCCCGAUCCAGAAGUUUAUGUGCACGAGAUCCCAGGUGGUCAAUUGACCAAUCUGCUCUUCCAAGCCCAACAAUUGGGUCUUGGUGAAAGAUGGGCUGAAACCAAGAAGGCUUACAAGGAGGCAAACUACUUGUUGGGUGACUUGGUUAAGGUCACUCCAACUUCAAAGGUUGUGGGGGAUCUUGCGCAGUUCAUGGUCUCGAACAAGCUAACUCCGGAUGACGUUAGACGGUUGGCCUCUUCGCUCGACUUCCCAGACUCCGUCAUGGACUUCUUCGAGGGCCUCAUCGGCCAGCCUUACGGUGGCUUCCCAGAGCCUUUGAGAAGCGACGUCUUGAAAAAUAAGAGAAGAAAGUUGGUAGGCCGUCCAGGACUAGAACUCAGCCCAUUCGACUUGCCUAAGAUCAAAGAAGAGCUUCAAGACAGAUUCGGUGACAUUGAUGAAUGCGAUGUUGCUUCUUACAACAUGUAUCCAAAGGUUUAUGAGGAUUUCCGUAAAAUGAGAGAACUGUACGGUGACCUAUCGGUGCUACCAACCAAAAACUUUUUGUCACCACCUACCGUUGGUGAAGAGAUUGUUGUUACCAUUGAAAAGGGUAAGACUUUGAUCAUCAAGCCUCAAGCAAUCGGUGAGUUGAACAAAGAGACCGGUUACAGAGAAGUUUACUUUGACUUGAACGGUGAAUUGAGAAAAGUGUCUGUUCUUGACAAGUCUCAAAAGAUCGAAUCUCUAGCGAAGCCAAAGGCUGACGCUCACGACCCUCAUCAGGUUGGUGCCCCAAUGGCUGGUGUUGUCAUUGAGGUAAAAGUACACAAGGGCUCUUUGGUCAAGAAGGGUCAACCUGUGGCUGUUCUAAGUGCUAUGAAGAUGGAAAUGGUUAUCUCUUCACCAAGCGACGGCCAAGUGAAAGAUGUCAUGGUCAAGGAUGGUGAAAAUGUGGAUGCUUCUGACCUGUUGGUCCUAUUGGAGGACUCAGUGCCACCAAAGGAGUAA